GUGCCUCUUGACAGUGUCGGGAAAGCCACUGGAACUUGAGGAGUUCUUCAGUAACCCCUGUGUUUUGUGGUGACCCCCCAGGAGAGGUGGAUCUCCUGUGAAUUGGUGAUAGGACCACAGGCCACUAAGAAGGGCCCUGAUUACAUGAAGCCUUACCCUCAGGGACGGGGCACACAACGACAGGGGCGCCGCUCUCAUCACCUGAGUCUGGCCUCUCAGCACUUCUCCAAACAUCUGACUGCAUUUUCAGGUGACACUCUUUGUGAACGGUUCAGAACUUCUAUGGAUCAGUUUGCUAAGGACGUGCAAGAUUGGAAGAGCUGAGAGAAAUCAGCGUUGAACCUUUUUCUUAAGGUUGAAGCAGGAGUCUUCUGACACGCGGGAAGAUGAUGAGCGAUGCUAGCGACAUGCUGGCAGCAGCGCUGGAGCAGAUGGACGGGAUCAUAGCAGGUUCCAAAGCCUUGGAGUAUUCCAAUGGGAUUUUUGAUUGCCAAUCUCCCACCUCCCCGUUUAUGGGAAGCUUGCGAGCCUUGCACCUCGUGGAAGACCUUCGUGGAGUGCUGGAGAUGAUGGAAACAGAAGAGAAGGAAGGAUUGAGAUGCCAGAUCCCAGACUCAACAGCAGAAGUGCUCAUUGAGUGGCUUCAAAGUCAAAUGACCAAUGGGCACCUGGCCGGGCAUGGCGACGUGUACCAGGAGAGGCUGGCGCGGUUGGAGAACGACAAGGAGUCCCUUGUGCUUCAGGUGAGCGUGCUGACCGACCAGGUGGAGGCCCAGGGAGAGAAGAUCCGAGACUUGGAGUUCUGUCUUGAGGAGCACAGAGAGAAGCUGAAUGCCACUGAGGAAAUGCUGCAGCAGGAGCUUCUGAGUCGGACAUCCUUAGAAACACAGAAGCUGGAGCUGAUGGCCGAGGUCUCUAAUCUGAAGCUGAAACUGACGGCUGUAGAGAAGGACAGACUGGAUUAUGAAGACAGGUUCAGAGACACAGAGGGACUGAUACAAGAGAUCAAUGAUUUGAGGUUAAAAGUCAGUGAAAUGGAUGGUGAAAGACUACAGUAUGAGAAAAAACUUAAGUCAACUAAAGAUGAAUUGACAUCUUUAAAAGAGCAACUGGAAGAGAAGGAGUGUGAAGUAAAGAGGCUUCAGGAGAGACUGGUGUGCAAGACAAAAGGAGAGGGGAUCGAAGCCCUUGAUCGAGAUGAAAAUAUUAAAAAGAAGCUCAAAGAGAAAAACGUUGAAGUACAGAAAAUGAAAAGGGCAGUGGAGUCUCUGAUGGCAGCAAAUGAAGAAAAGGACCGGAGGAUAGAGGAGCUCCGGCAGAGCCUGGGCAGGUACCGGACAGCACAGGACCCAGCCGCUCCGGCCCCAGGCCCGGAUGCAGAGUGUGAGGGUCUGCUCCGCUCCAGCUCCAGCUCCACCCUGUUGGACGGGCAGGGCUUCAGCGACCUGGAGAGAAGUACCUCCUCGACGCCAGGCCUGGGCUCUCCCGGCAGGGACCCGCUCAGCACGAGCGCCGCAGAAGAGUUUCACACCAGCAUCUUGCAGACUUCAGUCCCUUCACUAUUGCCACUAUCUAUGGGUUUAGAAACUUCUGAAAACUCGAAGUUGCCUGCUAAGGCCGAGAUGUCAUUUGACGAGAAUGAUGGAAAAGCAAUCCUGGGCGUGGCCGCUGAAGUCUCCCUGUGUGAUGGUGUUUCAACUCCGAGUCUGCCAAAAUCCAGCAGCCUGGGAAAUCUGAAGAAAGAGACAUCAGAUGGCAUGGAUAAAGCUCCAGCCGACAGUCGCACGUUUGGGACCCUGCCUCCCAAGGUCCCGGCACCUGACGGGUCUAUGGAUGACAACCCCUUUGGAACUCGAAAAGCCAGGUCCUCCUUUGGCCGGGGCUUUUUUAAAAUCAAAAGUAACAAGAGGACAGCCAGCGCACCAAAUCUCGCAGAGACAGAGAAGGAGACAGCCGAGCACCUAGAUCUGGCUGGUACAUCUCGGCCAAAAGGUUCCCAGGGGACCAGCCCAUUCCAGAUGUCUCCCCCAUCUCCAGACUCCAAAAAGAAGUCCAGAGGCCUCAUGAGACUCUUUGGGAAACUUAGGAGAAGCCAGUCAACUACAUUCAGCCCAGAUGACAUGUCUGAGCCUGAAUUCAAAAGAGGAGGGACAAGAGCAACUGCGGGCCCCAGGCUUGGUUGGUCUCGGGAUUUAGGACAGUCCAACAGUGACCUGGAUAUGCCGUUUGCCAAAUGGACCAAGGAGCAGGUGUGCAGCUGGCUGGCAGAGCAGGGCUUGGGCUCCUACCUCAGCUCUGGGAAGCACUGGAUUAUAUCUGGCCAGACGCUCUUGCAAGCUUCUCAGCAAGAUCUAGAGAAGGAACUGGGCAUCAAGCAGUCACUGCAUCGCAAGAAGCUCCAGCUGGCCCUGCAGGCCCUGGGGUCUGAGGAGGAAACCAACUAUGGAAAGCUGGACUUCAACUGGGUCACCAGAUGGCUGGAUGACAUUGGCCUGCCGCAGUACAAGACCCAGUUUGACGAAGGCCGCGUGGACGGGCGGAUGCUGCACUACAUGACCGUGGAUGACCUGCUGUCCCUGAAGGUCGUGAGUGUCCUGCAUCACCUCAGCAUCAAGCGGGCCAUCCAGGUCCUGAGGAUCAACAACUUCGAGCCCAACUGCCUGCGGAGGCGGCCGUCCGAUGAGAGCAGCAUCACACCAUCAGAGGUUCAGCAGUGGACCAACCACCGUGUGAUGGAGUGGCUCCGCUCGGUGGACCUGGCGGAGUAUGCGCCCAACCUCAGAGGCAGCGGUGUGCAUGGAGGGCUCAUGGUUCUUGAGCCUCGUUUUAAUGUAGAAACCAUGGCUCAGUUACUGAACAUUCCACCAAAUAAGACCUUGUUGCGCAGACAUUUGGCUACCCAUUUCAACCUCCUGAUUGGUGCUGAGGCCCAGCACCAGAAGCGAGACGCCAUGGAGUUGCCAGAUUAUGUGCUGCUAACAGCUACUGCCAAAGUGAAGCCAAAGAAACUGACCUUUACGAACUUUGGGAAUCUGAGGAAGAAGAAGCAUGAAGAUGGGGAGGAAUAUGUGUGUCCGAUGGAGCUGGGCCAGGCUGCAGGGAGCGGUUCGCAGAAGGGGUUCCGGGCAGGCGUGGACAUGCGCCUGUACGAGGAGGACGAUCUGGAUCGGCUGGAGCAGAUGGAGGACUCGGAAGGGACGGUGAGACAGAUAGGCGCGUUUUCCGAAGGCAUCAACAACCUGACGCACAUGUUAAAGGAGGAUGACAUGUUUAAAGACUUUGCUGCUCGCUCACCAAGUGCCAGCAUCACAGAUGAAGACUCCAACGUUUGACCAGAGGGCCUGGGCCAGUGCCGGGAGCACGAGUGUCAUCCUCCUGCUCCGCUUUUCAGAUCGUGUAUCCAGGUGACAGGCUGUGCAUUGUUUAGUGUUACGACUCCCGCCCGCUUGGAAGCGGGACUCUGCUGCAGGGGAGUGGGGCCAGUUCUGAAGAUGCUGCGGGAAGUGCGACGGUGGGCACUCGGGUGCCUGCUCUGCCUUGGUGGGCACUCGGGUGCCUGCUCUGCCUUGGUGGGCACUCGGAUGCCUGCUCUGCCUCUAAUGUAAGCCUGUGGUAGGGGCCACCGAAAGGAUUGCCUUCUGGUUGGCUGCUUCCCAGAGUGCUGCGUUCACGCUGCGUUCACUCGGAUGGAGGGUCUGGCCACAUCAGUGUUCACCGCAGCCGAAGCUGCUGCCCAGAUCCAGUGGUCACCAAAUGCAGCUGUACCUCCACUGGCCUCUUACUGUCUUAUUUUUAUAUAUUUUUCUAAUUCGUGUAUAUAUACCGUCUAUAGAAAACAGAACUUUUAUUUUGUGACACAAGGAUCAAAAGAUCAUAUUGAAAACAAAGAAACCCCACUGUUCUCAGUGUUCAUACACCAGCUAAUCCCUUCUUCAUUAUCCACUGAUGAAUUCUAACAGUGGUCAUCAUUCAGGCCAAAGUGAUCUGCUUCUUUGGUUGUCACAAAAUUGCCAAGCAGCUUAGAAGCUUCACCUCUAAUCCUGACUCCAUUUGCUUCAUAAAGAAGAAGUUUAGGGUGUUACCACAUCAUCUUGGUUCCUUUGGGUGCACUCAUAUCCACUCAGAAAAGUGUUUAUUAGAGUGGCUCAGGAAAAACCAAAAACUGAUCAUUGCGCUGAAGGAGUCGGCCUAGCCAUGCCAACGGUAGCUGACCCUCAGCCUGCCAGCCGGUGGGGCGUCAUGUCCCUGCAGUCCGGACCCAGAUAUUCUGGAGCUACAGGACGUUUUCUAAUGGUUUUCCUGUGCAAUAGCACACUGCUCGUGUUUUCUGUGACACAAAGCUCAAAGAAAGCGAAAAGCAUGUUCCUGUGACGUGUGUGUGUUGGAGACAAUCUGUUUUUCAUUCAGGGGUACACACGAGACCAGCUGUGUCCAGACAGCGCUCACGCGCUCAGGGAGAGACAGGAGGGCAGUUGAGCUUGUGGAGGCAGACCUGGUGAUGGCUAUUUCCAGAGCAUCGGUGUCCUUUAACGUGCCCAGCAGGUCAUGACUAAAAUGAUCUGAUGGUAACAGUGAUGCCUUUGAAUGCUCCCAUUCAUGAUUUCAUAACUGCAUUGGCUCCUUCCUGUACUGGGGUUUAGUUUAACAUCAUUAAGUCUCACCAUUUGGAAAGCUCGGUUUGUUAUUAGACCCUGGUUGAAAAUACCAGCAGACUGUUGCAGAUGCCAAAUAUUCUUUAUUAAGGACAGUGUAACAACUGAUGAUGUGUGGAAAAGUUAAAGAAUUUUGAUUAUAUAUUUUAUUUACAAAGUAUUAUGCACCGUUGGCAUUAUGAAAGGAAAUAAAGUCAAUUGACCAUU